GUAACGUGACAGGAGGGGGGAGAUAUGCUGCCAGUAGGAGGAGUAAGUAGAGCCUUAUAGGAUGGGUGAGGAAUAUACCAGGCACAGCGAGGAGGGAGGACCGAGAAAUGAGACACGAGGAGGGAGAUUGGAACAUAUGUUGCCAGGACAGAGUUGUGACUGCAGCCUCUUUGGAUGUGUGGGUGAAACAACAGAUUGUGGAAUCCGACCACUGGCUAGAAGUCAUCAUCGUGUCCGACGUGUGACCAAAGGAGCUAAUGCACUACCAGGGAAUUGGCCAUGGAUAGUGAGCAUCCAGAUGCCAAUAGAUUCAACUUAUAUGCAUGUCUGUGGAGGGACUAUCCUGAAUCAUCAUUGGGUUAUGACUGCAGCUCACUGCCUUUACAAAUAUCAGAGCAGUCCGCAGUCAUUGGCCAGAAUUGUAUUUGGGUCAUUCAACAUAUCAGAGCUGGGGCCAGAGACCCAAAUUCGAAAGAUAAAAGAAAUGAUACGACAUGAGCAGUUCAACAAAGAGGAAAAAAAAUAUGAUAUAGCGCUGAUCAGUUUAGAUAAACCUGUAGCAUACAGUGACUACAUACAGCCAGCCUGUUUACCUCAGGAAGCCUCUGAUAUUACAAGGAUGAAUGACUGCUACAUUGCUGGUUGGGGCAUGGUAAAUGGCUUCUUUAGAAUACGAACAGAUGCCCUGCAGGAGGCCAGCACGGAAUUGAUUCCUAACAGCCGUUGCAAUCAAAGAAACUGGUACGAAGGCCUGAUAAAAGAAUACAACCUGUGUGCAGGCUACGAACAAGGUGGUCCUGAUACCUGUGAGGGAGACAGUGGUGGACCAUUAAUGUGUAAAAGGAAGCAAGCUAAAACCUAUUUUGUAGUUGGAAUAGCAAGCUGGGGUGGAUUAUGUGGUCACUGGCACAGGAAUGGAGUAUUUACCUCUACUCAGUAUUUCAAAGAGUGGAUCCUUGACAAGAUCAAAAACAGAAAAAGUGAGAGAUCCCCCACAUAUAUGAAAAGGACCUCAAUGAUGAUCCAUGAGAGGAGUGCCAAAUCCAUAGCCUUCAACAGAGAGAAGUCAGCUAAACUUACAUCUAUGGAAAUUACAUCUGGGAUGAAUAUUGAGGAUAGUACACAAUUCCCACCAUUGGGAAUGGCUUCUGCUGUCGAAAAGUUUUCAAACUAUGGCAAUCCAUCAAUGAAAAUGACCUCCCCUGUGCUAGAUCAAGAGGACAGAAGAUCAAAAUUUAGAGAAAUUAACUCUUCUAUAAUGAUAGAUACUAAGAGCAUGGAAUCCUCCCCUGAAGAAAUGAUCUCAUUAGAAUUUGAAGAAAUGGGCGCAGUUGUUGCAGGCACCAGCUCUAUUCAUGCAUUUAUGACAACUGGACAACUCCAUGCUUACUUUCGGCAUAUAAUUUACAAAUACUUGCCUCUACUACUAUUAUGCUUACUGUUUUAGAAUUCUUUAUAUAUUUUUUAAAAAAAUUGUUUUAUUGACGUAUUCAUUUUAUGUUAUAAGAAAUUAUUUUUAUAGCAAAACAAACCAAUAUAUAUAUAUAUAUUUUUAUAUGAAACAUAAAAUACUAUACAAGUUAUUUUUAUAAUAAAAAUAAAAUCUUAAA